UCAGCUUCCGGUUCGUUAAUCCACUUGUUGAGGAGCUGAUCCGCAGCAGGAGGCGAAUUUCAAACUUCCCCCGGAACAAUGUCCGCCUGAGUCCGAGCAGCCAAGCCGCCUGUCGAGCACCAUGGUCGGCUGGAGAGAGGCCGGAGCCCUCGGUGCCUCCGCGGCUGUAGCGGGGGGCGUCGCGUUCCUGAUCUGGAAAUACACGUCCUUCCCCGGGCAGGAGACGCCUGAAGCCCGGGGAGGAGGUGGUGGAGGAGGUGGUGGAGGACAGGAGGGAGAAGACAGGAAGGAGGUGGAUGGAGAGAGGAGCAGGAGGAGGAAGGAGGAAGAGGAGGUGAUGAAGGUGACCGAACAUGUCUCUGCAGCAGCUGCUCCUCCGCCUGUUGCUGCGGUCAAACCCCCAGAAACACCCCAGCCCAGGCCGAAGGGGACCCAGGUUCUGGUUCUGGGUCUGGACGGAGCCGGUAAAACCAGUUUGCUUCACUGCCUGAGCACCGGCAGCCUGGAGCAGGACAUGCAGCCGACUCAGGGCUUCAACGCCGUGUCCAUCAACAGAGAGGACCUGCACAUCGAGUUCUUAGAGAUCGGAGGUAAAGAGGACCUGCGGCCGUACUGGCAGAAAUACAUGUCCAAGGCUCUGCUGCUGGUGUUCGUGGUCGACUCCUCCCAGCCAGAGCACUUCCCGGUUGCUAGGGAACAUCUACACGCGCUGCUGACCUCUGACCCCUGCCUGCCGUUGAUGGUGCUGGCCAACAAACAGGACCUCCCGGGCGCCUGCAGCAUCACCGACCUCCACGACGCUCUGUCGCUGUCCGAGAUCGGCGAGCGCAAGCUGUUCCUCAUCGGGACCCACGUGAGGAGGGGGGAGGCGGAGCUAAGCUCGGGGGUGCAGGACGCCCGGGACCUGAUCGUCCAGAUGGUCAGCGAGAGCAGAUAAGACACGUCGGUCACAGCUCCUUUGUGGUCUUCACUUCAUCCUGUGUUUUCUUUGCACUUCUUCACUUUAUUGUUUUAUUCACGACACCAGCUUUGGCUGAAAGUCUUUUUUUUAUUUAUUUGUGAGAAAAUUUAAAACGUUUUGUUUUGGUACGUUAGAAUAAGGAUUAAAGAAAACACGCUUUUUAUUUCACAGUCACCGAAUCACCAGAUCUGAAGACUGUAAUCAUUUAGAACUCGUCUCUUCGGUUCAGUCUGUUCACGAUGAGACACGAGCAUCAUGUGCGGCCUUCAGUGAUUUCAUUUCACUCUAGAGUUUAAAGCUUUAUCACCAGCAAAGUUAGUUCACAUCACGGUUUUUAUUUUAUUUUGAGUGAAUGCAAACAAACACAUAGAAAGCACAGCUGUAAGAAAAGGUUAUUUUUCUAAUUUCAUAAUCUACAUAAUAUCCAUACCUCAACAUUGACUCCUUCAGACCUGGUGUUAACUUCUGUCCUGAGGCCAUACCAGGUCUGAACGGGACCUAAAAGAAGCUGAACUGGGAAGAGAAUAAACAUAUCAGGCUCCGACACCAACUGAAUAUUACAUUAAUCUACUAUUUGGUCAUAAUUGAAUCUGUGCUGUUGCCAACAUUUCAAAGCAAAGCACAAAAUCUGAAGAAAA